AUGCGGCUUUCUACUCUUUCCUGCUCGUCAUUGCUGCUGGCUGCAUCGCAGGUCGCGGCGUGGGGCCCAAGGGGAGGAGACCAUGGCGCUCCGGGACAUUAUGGAGGUCCAAAAGUGCACGACAGCAAUUUCCAACCAGACCAUAUACUACGAGUAACAUAUGAGAAUGUGUCAGUCGGAUGCCAAACGCGGGAACAAGUUCUGGUCAAUGGCACAGCUCCUGGACCACACUUAUACCUCGAGCCCGAAAGGAGGAGCUGGAUAAGAGUAUACAACGAUAUGGCAGCGCCGCAUUGCUACAACUUCACCAUGCACUGGCACGGUCUUAGCCAGCGCAUGGCACCUUUUGCAGAUGGAACGCCUCAGGCAGCUCAAUGGCCUAUACCGUGUAGACACUUCUUUGAUUAUGAGAUCUUCCCGCUUGGAAAGGAGCCCGGAACCUACUUCUAUCAUUCACAUGUGGGCUUUCAAGCAAUCUCAGCUUCGGGUGCUCUGAUCAUCAAGGACAAAGAAGGUUUCUGUCCUUACCACUACGACGAGGAGAUUGUCUGGAACAUUGGAGACUACUUCAACCAGACCGAUCAUGACAUCGAGUUCGGCCUCACUAACACGACUUUCAAAUGGUCUGGCGAGACAAAUGCUGUCCUUCUGAAUGGCGUCGGUGUUGCUACUGGAGAGACUGCUGGCGAGGGUGACUGCCAACUGCCUGUCAUUGAAGUCGACCCUGGGAAGACAUAUCGAUUCCGCUUCAUUGGCGCCACAGCUCUCUCGAUGGUCCAGAUCGGCAUCGUUGACCACGACAACUUCACCAUCAUCGAAGCAGACGGUGCAUACACCAAGCCUCACAGGGAGCAUUUCAUGCAACUAUCUUCCGGCCAGCGCUUUGACACCAUCUUCAAGGCCAAAGAGGAAAGCGAACUCAACGGCCAGCGCGACUACCUGAUCCAGAUGGAGACCAAGGAUCGUCCAGCCGUCUACCAGGGCUAUGGUGUCCUUCGCUAUUCCGGUGGUGCACCUGAGAUCACCACCGCCCCACCAAAAGCACCACUGACGCUGUCGAACGCCACCUACGAUUGGUGCGAGUACUCUCUAGAGCCCCUCGUGCCCAACGACUUCCCAACAGCAGACGAAGUCACCCGACGUAUUGAGAUUGACAACCGCCAGCUAACAACAAACACCAUCGUCUGGCACAUCAACAACCUGCAAUGGAACGAGACCUCCAACCCUUACCCAGGCGAUAAACCCUACCUCGUCGACAUCUACGAGCGAGGUCCAGCCGCAAUCCCCAACUACACCGCCGCCAUCGAGAACAACGGCUGGGAUCCCGCUACCCUGACCUUCCCAGCCAAGAUCGGCGAAGUCCUCGAAAUCAUCUGGUACAACACCGGCUCCCUCGUCAAAGACAACGGCGGCCUAGACUACCACCCCUUACACGCCCACGGCGGGCACUACUACGACUGCGGCUCCGGCAACGGAACCUACAACGCCACCCUCAACGAAGCCAAACUCGCCCUCCACCCCCCCGUCCUCCGCGACACCACAAACCUCUACCGCUACACCGCCAAAACCACCGCCGGCACCCGCCAAGGCUGGCGCGCAUGGCGCCUCCGAGUCACGGAUGCGGGCGUCUGGAUGAUUCAUUGCCAUAUUCUGCAGCAUAUGGUGAUGGGGAUGCAGAGUGUGUGGAUUAUGGGGGAGUAUGGCCAGAUUACGGGGAUUCCGGCGACGGAUGUGGGGGAUUAUUUGGUGUUUGGGGGCGAUGUUAAUGGGAAUGAGACGCAUGCGCCGAGGGUUGUGCAUUUUUUUGAUCCGGAUGAGGGCGAUGAUUGGUCAUGA